AUGUCGCUGGCCGACACUCAAUGCGAUCCGUCUUUGAGCGCUACGUAUCCGUGUCGAUAUAGAAAGAAACAACUGCAACACAUUGCCGACCGAUUUGUGAUUGUUACGAUAUUCCUGCCAAUGAAGAAUAGCAUUGGUGAAUCGUGGUCAUACCUCAUACUGUUCGUGGCCCCAGUUAUCGCAUCCGUAGUCUUUCUUUACUUCAAAUUACCUGAAACGAAGAAUAAAACUCCGAUCGAGGUAGAUGAAGCUGCUGCGAAGCUUCCUAAAAUAUUCUUCCUGAAGCCUCGAGUAGUUGCGGAUGUUACGAGUAUAAAAUUAUGA